AGUCGAGAUUGUGGUUUGCAUCGGAAAACCGACGGUUGCCAUCGGCGCAGCCCACAUUCCUUACCGAAGCUGGCCGAAUGUAAGCGAGUCACGUGAGUACAAAGGAGUUUUUGACAGGCACAAGCUUGGGCAUGGAUUGAUCCAGAAUGUGAAAUCGACGGCAAAUAAUGGAUAGGAUACCCGCUUCAAGCCAGUCGAAGAUACCUCGCUGCGCAGUAUCGAUGCAAUAUAUCUGCGCAGCUGGAAAGUAUCGUGCUCCGACAUCGCUCAGGCUUUCAAUCAUUCGACUGACUCACCUGAUCGAUCUGGAUAGAUCAGACGUGAUAAGCGAUGUCACCAUUUCCAGUUCGGUGUGACAUGAUGUAGUGGAAGGAAGGCACCUCGUGGUCGGUCACCAUGUAGGAUACAGGAGUAUGGAUGCUGUUUAGCACCCUCGUAUAUUGGCCUCUCGAGGCUGUGGCCCAAUGUUGUGGCCAACGCAGAGCACCCGACAUAGUUACUCCAAACUCGGAGUUUGCACCCACGUGGUUGGGACAUUUCUUGCAGUUCGUAGCCGAAGAAACCGUAGGCAGGGUGGCAAGGUGCAAGGUCUGCAAUUUGCAGGUUUCAGGGGAAAGAGGUGAUACAAGUAAAUUGAUGAUAUAGAAUCACUGGGAGACUUUAGAAUAGCAAUUUGCUGGAACUUGAGUGGCUGACUGGCGGUAAUUAAGGACAUCUAGUAGCGGCAUAUGAGUUUGAGAGUAUGCUCUUUCCAGCUGCUCAAAGUUUCGGGAAGUCCUACUGAACUUACAAGGCUGACACCGUCACCUUUGGCUUCUGAUUUGCCUAAUUCCAGUUUCAAAUUCUUCUGAAGAUUUUCGCAGGUAAACAAAGAGU